AUGCACUACACACUUCAACUACUCCUAGUCUUGUCUCUACAGUACACAGCUUCGGCUGCAUCACGGAUCAAGCGAGGUGGAUAUGGAAGGCCGUAUCUACCACAGCAACCGAUACAGUCUUAUUUGCCAUCACCGAGCCCGUCAUAUAUGCCAAUGCCACCGGUCUCGAGUUAUGGGCGCCCGUAUCAGCCGUACCAACCCUCAGGUUAUGGACAAUCGUAUCCACAAUACCCACCAUAUCAGCAAUAUCCACAGAAUCCUCAGUACGAAGGACCAGGAGUAGGAUUCGGAGGAGGAUUAGGAGCAGGAAGAGCAGGAGGAGAACUACCCGGCGGAUCCACUUUUAGAGAUGCUGUAAGUGGACCUCCAGGAAGUCCAGGAGGAAGUGGAGGCGCUAUGGGCAUGCCUGGAAUGGCAGGUGGCUCACCCAUGGGUGGAAUGCCUUCAAAUGGAUUAGGUCCUGUCGGAGGUCCAGGUAGUUUUGGACCACCACCUGCAGCAGACCUUGCUCCACCAUCAGGAGGAGGAGCUGGUCCAAGCAUGUUAUCAAGAAUGGGAUCACCGCCGGAAGCAGGAUCAGAACCAAAGGCGCAAGUAGAGUCCGCCACUGAACCACAACCUGUAACAGGAACGGAAACUAUGGCAGAAGAAAGUUCCAGAUGGAGAUUGUGA